CUGGCAAAUCUUCAGUGGGACAUUUGUGAAACUCAACAAGGCUUCAGUUAAUAUGCAGGGGGUAUAUAUUGCAUGGGGGUACUCAAAUCCAAAGUCAGUAAAUGAACUGAUCUAUAAACAUGGUUAUGGCAAAAUCAACAAGAAGUGAAUUGCUUUGACAGAUAACACUUUGAUUGCUCAAUCUCUUGGUAAAUAUGGCAUCAUCUGCAUAGAGGAUCUGAUUCGUGAGAUCUGUACUGUUGAAAAAUGCUUCAGAGAAGCAAAUAACUUCCCAUUGCCCUUCAAAUUAUCUUCUCCAUGAGGCAGAAUGAAGAAAAUGACCACCCAUUUUGUAGAAGGUGGAGAUGGUGGCAACAGGGAGGACCAGGUCAACAGGCUUAUUAGAUGAAUGAACUAAAGUGACUACCAUGGUUAUUUUUCUAAGCUGAUCAGUUAAUAAACAGUUCCUGCUCUCAAAUUGGAAAAAAAAAAGAAAAAGAUGAACAAGUUGAGAUCUAAUGUGCAACAUGAGGACUCCAGGAUCGUGGAGUGAAAAUAUACUGGAAUAUUUUCUGAGAAAUAACCAGAUUACCACAGAAGAUGGCGCUGAGAUCACCUGGUAUCAUGCAGCUAACCACAAGGCACAAAUGAAUGAGGCACUGAAAAGUACCGCUCACAUGAUAGAGGCUGAUGUCCUUCUUCCAAGUGAUGGGGCAGAACACAGCCAGCCAAUUAUGGCCCAUCCCCCUGAAACAAACAGUGAUAAUACGCUACAGGAGUGGCUGACUGAAGUUACGAAAAGCAAUAAAGGCAUCAAGCUGGAUUUCAAGAGUCUGGCAGCUGUAGAACCAUCCAUGAUGCUCUUGGAAGAUAUGAAGCGGCGUCUGAAGCGUCCUGUAUGGAUUAAUGCUGAUAUUCUUCCUGGUCCAAAUGGAAAUAGCAAAGUAAUAGAUGCAAAACCAUUUUUAGACACUGUGACAUCCUUCUUUCUAGACGUGACAUUUUCCCUGGGUUGGACAACAGGAUGGCAUCCAGAGAAAGUCAAUGAAGGGUACAGCUGGACCAUGGUGAAAGAGAUGGAAUAUAUAUGUAAUGAACUAAGUCAGCCUGUAACGUUCCCUGUCAGAGCAGCAUUAGUGAGGCAGUCUUGUUCUCAGUUACUUUGGCUGUUAAAGAAAUCAAACAGGUACAGCCUGACUAUUUGGACCGGAAGAAAUGAUAGCUAUUCCAUUGAAGAUUUACUUUACAUUAGAGACCAUUUUGACAAAAACCAAGUUUUCUAUGACAUCUUGGAACCACAAAACCAUGAAUUUAAACAAGCCAUUGGAAUCAAAGUUAAUCUCUAAGAAGAUUCUCCUCAAUUGUUUCCUGUGUUUUAGUUUCAUAAUCUUUCUCUGCAUUGGUCUGAAUUAAUUACCAUGGUUACUGGUUUAUGUUCCAAGUCAUCUAAUCAAGAAACACUUAUUGUGUGCUUA